AUGCAGGUAAAUCAACUGUUAUUUGUCGCAGUUACCUUCCUCGGCACUUGCUCAGAUGCAAGUGUCAAUGAUGUUCCGGAUAUAUACGGACCUCUUCCAGUGAUAGCUGUCUCCAAUGUGGACAACAUCAAUCCUUACCUCAAAAGGCACCCAGGUGAUUUUGCUCAUCCCGGCCUCUGGCACUCGCACGACGACCUGGAGCGUAUUCGCAACAAUGUUCUGUCCAAUAAGGAACCCUGGGCAUCUACUUUCGCCAAUUUCAGUACCGACGCCCAUUCCCUUUCAAAUUAUACCAUGAAAGGACCAUACUCUGUCCUGUCGCGAGGAAAAAUCAGUAACUACACCUCAUUCGCUAGUGAUUCACGUGCUGCAUGGCAGAACGCCAUGAUGUGGUAUAUUACCAAAGAUCAGGCUCAUUGGGAUCGCAGUACCUCAAUCCUUGACGCCUGGGGGUCCAACUUGACAAAUAUCAUUGGUACCGAUCGCUCACUAUUGAUCGGGUUAGACGGAGAUCUUUUCGUCAAUGCAGCUGAAAUAAUGCGCUGGGAGGGCAACUGGACUGAAGCGGGUGCUUCGUGGCGAGGAGGCUCCGGCUUCAGUAAUCAGUUAUAUUGGCUGUUUUCUCGACAGGCAGCUGUCAUAGGGCAGGCAAACUACGGUAUGGUCAGCAUCAAGUCUUUGUUGAGCUUUGCGGUCUACUUGGAUGACGUCACUCUAUACAACUAUGCCAUGAACGCUUUCAUCAACGACCCCUGUGCUGGUAUCUUCGCCAUGUACAAACCAUCGACAGGACAAUCGGUGGAAUCAGGUCGGGAUCAAGGUCACACAAUAUCUGGUAUUGCAUGGACUGCAUAUGCAGCUCGAGUGGCACAAACUCAAGGGGUUGACCUCUACAAGCUUGGAGACAACCUUUUGCUCAAGGCAUCCGAAUACUCUGCAGCAUAUAAUCUGAACGAGACCGUCGCUUAUGAUCCAGCAUGGCAUAGAUGUGAAGCAGUCCUAGUUGGUGCUCCUUGGGCCACUAUCGCCGAAUAUAAUAGGGGGAUAUCUAAUGCGCUACCGGCUUGGGAUAUACUGUACUACCAAUAUGUUGUUAAACGUAAGUUGAAGGCACCAUGGACCAGCAAGGCUCAGAGCGAGGAAGGUCCGGAGGGAGCUGUGGCAACGAAUGAUCACCCAAGCUGGGGAGGACUUAUUUGGGCUUACUAGAUCAGGA